GUCUGUGCAUCAGAUUUGAAUUCUUAAAAGUCGAAGACCAAACAACUCUCCCACCAAACCAAAUACUAUAACUCUUCAUUACCUUAAUUUCUUCGCAAAUCUCUGCUCCUUAUCCACCAUUGUGUUAUAUCUUCAUCAGGUAUUGGGUGCUGUCAUUUCAAACCUUCAUAGUGCAGAAAAGUCACACACAACAAGUUUGCCUUGGUGAACAAGACAAGAAGCCUCAGAUUAGUGAGGGCUUAUAAGCAACUUCUGGUGUGCAAUUUCAAGAAGGAACAUAGAGGAAAUUGUUGCUAAUUGUGUAUGGAUUGUAAAUUUGAAACCCGGCUCAGUGACAAUGCAGGGUUUGGAAAUUGUAAUGCUCUUUUGGAGAAAAAGGACCCUAUGAAAUUGUGGCAAGAGAUGAAACAGAAUGGUUUCCUCUCGCCACCUGCUUUCACACCAACACCAAACAAGCGUGCUAGCAAACACAAAAAUGAAAUGCCCAGUAGAAAAAUGAAGUUUGCCAAGAUAGAACAGACUAACAGGUUUACUGAGGUUACAACACGAAAUAGGUUGCUUGAUGAACUGAAUCCUGGGAUUAUGAACCACUUAAGAAACAGCAAGGUUGCAAAGGUUAAAAAGGUAGACAAGUUCAGUAUGGUUGCUGCACCAAGUGGAUUGCUCGAUGAACUGAAUCCUGGGAUCAUUAGCCGCUUAAGAAACAGUGAACAGGUCUAUUCAAUAAUUUGGGCCUUGGUUAGAAGUGAGAUGUUAGAAAAUACUCAAAGCAAGCAGGAAAGCCGAUUUAAAGAGGAAAUCAGGGAUAAUGAUGUGAAUGAAGGUUCAAAUACAGUAUCAGUAGGCAGACAAGUCAGUGGAUGCUCCAUGGUUCUGACUAGGCAUAUGCAUAUGAAUUCAGAACACGGGGGAGGGGUUGAUGAUAUGAGUGUAGCAGUGAGAAAAGAUGAAGAUGGGUUUGACAAACAUGAAGUAAAGUCAUGGUCAUCUGUAACCACGGCCUCAGAAAACGCAAACUCUAAUGAUGAAAUCGUGUCAUCAGAGAAUACAAGCUCUCAGGAAGAAUCGGCAAUGGUUCCUCCUUUUGAUCGCACAGUUGCAAAUCUAGCUUCUCAAUGGUUGGUUCUCCUUUGCCAGAAUAUCAAAGGGCGCCUUGCAGCACUAAAGCGUAGUAGGAUGAGAGUCAAGGAUGUAAUCCAGGUAGAACUGCCUUUUCUGAUAUCAAAAGAGUCCUCACCUGUCAAAGACAAUGACCAAUUAUCUUCUGUGGAAUGUCCCAUGAGUACAAUUCCUUACAUGCAUCAAGCAAAGUGGGCUGCACUGUUUGAUCAGAUGGAUAAAGCACUUUCUGAGGAAAUGAAUGAUCUAGAAAUCUGGUUGAACCAAAUUGAAGAAAUGCAAUUACAUGUGGGUCAAUUGGAAUGCAAGACAGAUAUCAGCUGACAGGCAUAAAAGAGUGCAAAACUAGUUUCAGAGAUUUCAGAAGAUUGUGUGAAUUUUCAUCACAUACAAGACGAAUAAUCUGGGUCUUGUCGGCAGUGGUUGGAGAUGAAUCUAUACAGCUGAAUCACUGAUCGAGAUCAUACAAGCAUAAUUCAUUGUUGCCCUUUGUAAAGUCCCGGAGAUUAUGCACUAGGCUGGGUAUUACUUCAACUUAAAGCCAUGAGUUUCCCAUUCACUAAUUGCCAUGUUCUGGGUAGACCUACAAUGUUUUCCCAUUCUGGCUUCAAUAAGUUCUUAGAGACCACGAGACUGGCUUCAUAUCAUCUCUCUCUAGUAUGUACAGUUGCAGCUCAUUGAUCUGUUUUUCAAAUCUUUUUUAAAUGUAAUAAUAAUGAUUUGGUCAGAUUUUCUGAAACGAAAUAUAAUCAAGGAAUCCUGUACAAUGGUUUGGGUUGGUC